UAUGGGUUUCUCAGAAGAGAGUCUUUUUCAAUAGUCUUGUUUUUGUUUUUAUUUUGACCACCGAUGAAAAGUCGUUUAUUUGACGUCUACUUUUGAGUUAACUGAUUUUACUCAAGUCACUGUUUUUUCCACAAAAGCUAAAACGCAAACGCAGAUACAGAAGUUGGUUUCUUGCAGUUCUUGUUGUCGCCAGAGAUGGGAAUGUAUCCAUAGCGGAGGAAGCAAACCGUAUCCAGCUAACUGUGCAAACAAAUCUUCCUUUAUCCACAUAUAUCGGUUUUCAGGAGCUAUUUACACUUAAACAUGGGUUCAAUACUGAGCAGGAGGAUUGCUGGAGUUGAAGAUAUCGAUAUUCAAGCCAACUCGGCGUACAGAUAUCCUCCCAAAACAGGAAAUUAUUUCACCAGCCAUUUUUUCAUGGGAGGAGAAAAGUUCAACACGCCCCAUCCUGAGGGAUAUCUCUUUGGAGAAAAUAUGGAUUUGAAUUUCCUAGGCAACAGACCUGUGCAGUUUCCCUACGUGACCCCGGCGCCGCAGGAGCCUGUGAAGACGCUGAGGAGUUUGGUGAACAUCAGGAAGGAUUCAUUACGACUUGUCAAGUAUAAGGAUGAUUCUGACAGCACCCCGGAGGACACAGGAGAUCCUAGACUCCUUUACAGUGUUGAAUUCUGCUUUGAUACUGAUGCCAGAGUGGCUAUUACAUUAUACUGUCAAGCCUUUGAGGAGUUUGCCAAUGGGAUGGCAAUAUACAGCCCCAAGAGCCCUUCAAUGGUGUCUGAGACGGUCCAUUAUAAGGGAGGGAUAAAUCAGCAAUUUUCUCUACCUUCCUUCAAGAUUGAUUUCACCAAAUGGAAACCUGAAGAGCUGAACUUUGAUCUGGACAAAGGCGUUUUCCCUUUGGUGGUCAAAGCAAUAGUGGAUGAUGGAGAUGAUGUCACCGGGCAUGCACAUGUUCUCUUGGCUGCUUUUGAAAGGCAUGUUGAUGGCAGUUUCUCUGUGAAACCUUUGAAACAGAAGCAGAUCGUGGACCGCGUGAGCUAUCUUCUGCAGGAGAUUUACGGCAUUGAAAACCGGAACAAUCAGGAGACAAAGUCCACGGAGGAUGAGAACAGUGACAACAGCAGCGAGUGUGUGGUUUGUUUGUCGGACCUGCGUGACACACUCAUUCUCCCUUGCAGGCACCUGUGUCUGUGCAAUGCCUGUGCUGACACACUGCGUUACCAGGCCAACAACUGCCCAAUCUGCAGACUGCCAUUCAGAGCCCUGCUCCAGAUUCGAGCCGUGAGGAAGAAAACAGCUGCCUCUCUCUCACCAGUGUCCUUUAGCCCAGUGUUGUCCCAGAGCUCUGACCAUACUGAGCAUUCGAAUGCAGACAACAUUCCCCCUGGCUAUGAGCCUAUCUCACUUCUGGAAGCCCUGAAUGGGGUGCAACCCAUGUCCCCUUCAAUCCCAUCUGCACCUCUCUAUGAGGAGAUCCAGUUUUCUGGGGAGAUGGGGGAUCCUCUUAACCUGAGUGCAGAAACCACAUCGAUGAAGGGCAAAGGUAGCAAGUCACCAGAUGGGUCUACACGUUCUUCCUCAUCCCCCAUACAGGAGGAGGAAGACGAGGAGAAGAUGUUGGAGCUCUCUGAUGGCCAGCCUCGGUCUGUUCUGCCCUGUAGUCUCAGUCCCACUGAGGCAACAGAGGGUGUGUCCACCAAACCAGGAUUCCCAAAUUCAGGUUCAGAGAGCAGAUCGCUCAGUGUGUCUGUGAGUGAAAUCCUACAGGACUGCCACAGUGAGCGCAGCAGCCUGAGCCGGACAGAAAGUGACCCCUCAGCAGACCUGGCCCUGCCUGCGUCUGAGUCAUGGUCCACUGCUGUAGAGGAAUGUUGACUCUGGGUCAUCGGAGUCCAUAGAAAGCCUGAGGAGUCAGAGCACCAGCAGCUCCAGUCAGCCCCUGCUCUGCCUCCCCAGCACCCUGCGCAUGGAGGAUGAGCGGCUCACUUCAUAAACGCCCCUGUUGUGCCAGUUUCAUCAAUCCGCUGUUUCAAUCUCUGCUACGCAAAUCACAUUAUUCCCAUUCCAGCACACUAUUGUUCAUGGAUGCUACCCUGUCUCAAUUAAGACAAUUACUUCUCGAGUAGAACGAUCAAAAUUGUGUAUUAAAGAGUCCUAGACAUUUCACUGUGUAGUAGAAACACUUCACAGAAAUCUAACACACUACCUUCAAGAAAACUUAAAAAAGAAUCUUUAUUUAUAAGACGCUUAUAGCUUUUGCUGUGAGAGUUCAGAAAUGUUGAAUGAUUCAAAAUCUUUUAAUGGAUGCCCAAUCUCUUUGAUGUAUGCAGCUUCAUGGUGAUUUAUGACUGUGUACUUGUUAGAAUUAAAAAAAAAAAGAUAUAUAUAUAUCACUAAGUGCAUCAGAUUGCAGUAUGAUACGGACUAUAAACAGUUAUCCAGCUGAAGUAAUCCUCUAUGUCUGUAUCUUAUUAUUUUGUUUUGUGCCUUAUAGUACUGUGUUGCUGUCCCUUCAUGUUGAAACAAAAAGUGGGAAGCUGUAGCACUUUUUGAAGCUUUAAUAAAAAGUUUAUAGAGGGAUCUGCCAUCAUUUACAGUGACAUAUCUGAUGCUUUUUAGUGAAUUCACUGCUGCUUCUAUAUGUCAGGCACCUUUAAAAGUGAUGUAUAUUUGUAUGUAGUCAAAUUGUUUUAUCAUAAAGUGUUGUACACAAA